GAGGAGAGAGAGGGACUGUGUUUGUGAAUGUGGGUACUCUACAAACUGGGACACCAACAUAAAUUAUUUGGUUCUCUGCUUAUGUAAAUUCUCCCUUCACCCUCCUCCUGCACCUUCCUCUUCUUCUUCUUCUUCUUCAGUUUCUACUGCUUCUGUUAAUUUGAAAAAGAAAAGAAAAGAAAAGAAAAGAAAAGAAAAGAAAAGAAAAGGAAAGAAAAGAAAAGGAAAGAAAAGAAAAGGAAGGAACGAAACAGAAUAGCUACUGCAUUUUCUUACACAAUGUCAGCAUCUUAGCAUUGCAACAGAUAACACAUAACCCCAUUCAACAAAACUCACUCAUUUUCCACUUCUCUUCUGUAUCAUCAUAAUCAUCGUCAUCAAGGAGAAGGACCAACAUGUCUUCCAAGAUCAAAUCUGGUUUAUCUGAAACUCCCACGAAAGCAUCACCUGCAACUCCAAGAGUGAGUAAACUGGGCAGGGCAGCAACUAAAGAGCCUGAUUCACCUGCUCCUCUGCAAAGUUCACGCUUCUCAGUUGAGCGUUCUCCACGAUCUGUUAAUUCAAGGCCCACAAUUGAACGACGGUCAAUUAAGGUCACUCCACCACCUGAUAAACCAAAGACAAGGUUGUUGAAGGGGUCAGAAUUACAGGAUCAAUUGAGUCUUGUUCAAGAGGACCUAAAGAAAGCCAAGGAGCAGAUAGAAUUGAUUGAGAAAGAGAAAUCACAAGCAAUUGAUGAACUGAAACAAGCGCAGAAAGCUGCUGAAGAGGCAAAUGAGAAGCUUCAAGAAGCUUUGGUGGCUCAAAAGAGAGCUGAGGAGAAUUCUGAGAUUGAGAAGUUCCGAGCUGUUGAGUUGGAACAGGCUGGGAUUGAAGCAGCACAAAAGAAGGAUGAAGAAUGGGAGAAAGAGCUUGAGGCUGUGAGAAACCAACAUGCUUUGGAUGUGGCUGCUCUUCUCUCUACGACUCAGGAGCUCCAAAAGUUGAAGCAAGAACUGAUCAUGACAACUGAUGCAAAGAAUCAGGCACUGAGCCAUGCUGAUGAUGCAACUAAGAUUGCUGAGAUUCAUGCAGAUAAGGUGGAAAUUCUUUCAGCUGAGUUGAUACGUUUGAAGGCCUUAUUUGAUUCAAAGCUUGAAACAGAGGCUACUGAAAACAAUAAGAUGGUGGCUAGGCUUAAGGAGGAGAUGGAGACUUUGAAACAAGAACUCGAGGAAGCAAGGGUUUUUGAGGGUAAGUUUAUUGAAAGAGAGGCUUCCAUAGAACAGCUAAAUGUGGAGUUAGAAGCUGCUAAGAUGGCUGAAGCUUAUGCACGCAAUUUGGUAGAGGAGUGGGCAAGUAAGGUAGAGGAAUUAGAGAUGCAGCUUGAAGAAGCAAACAAAUUGGAGAGAUCUGCAUCUGAAUCGCUAUGUUCAGUCAUGAAACAACUUGAGGGAAACAAUGAUCUCUUACGUGAUGCAGAGAGUGAAAUCACUACUCUUAAAGAGAAGGUGGGCUUGUUGGAAAUGACAGUUGCAAGACAGAAAGGGGAUCUUGUGGAAUCAGAGCAUUGUCUGGGUGAGGCAAGGGAAGAAAUUUCUGAAUUGGAGAAAAAUGUUGAAUCUUUGAAGUCUGAGUUGGAUAUAGUGAGGGAGGAGAAAGCUCAGGCAUUAAACAAUGAGAAACUUGCAGCUUCUAGCGUUCAGAGUAUAUUAGACGAGCGAAACAAACUCAUAAAUGAGUUGGAGAAUUCUAGGCAUGAGGAGGAAAAGAGCAAGAAGGCAAUGGAAAGUCUAACUUCAGCCUUACAUGAAGUGUCUGCAGAAGCAAGGGAAGCCAAAGAAAAGCUGUUGUCCAGUCAAAUGGAGCGUGAAAAUUAUGAAACCCAGAUAGAGGAUCUAAAGUUGGUCCUGAUGGAAGCAAACAGGAGAUAUGAAACUCUGAUGGAAGAUACAAAACAUGAGAUCGAUCUUCUUAAAAAUAAUAUUGAAGAAUCCAAGAAUGAAUUUGAGAAGUCCAAGGCUGAGUGGGAGCAAAAAGAACAAAAUCUGACGAACUGUGUAAAGAAAUCAGAAGAAGAAAACUCUUCUUUGGGAAGAGAAAUUGAUAGGCUGGUAAAUUUGCUCAAGCAAACUGAGGAAGAAGCAUGUGUCACAAGGGAGGAAGAAUCUCAGUUGAAGGAUAGCCUAAAGGAAGUUGAGGCUGAGGUGAUUUUAUUGCAAGAAGCUCUUGGAGAAUCAAAGAUCGAGAGCAUGAAACUGAAGGAAAGUUUAUUAGACAAGGAAAAUGAGUUGCAGAAUCUUCUCCAAGAAAAUGAGGAGUUCCAAAAUAGGGAAGCUAUUUCUAUGAAGAAGGUGGAGGAGUUAUCAAAAUUACUUGAAGAAGCCAUGUCCAAGAAGCAGACUGAGGAGAAUGGCGAGCUUACAGACAGUGAAAAAGACUAUGAUUUGCUUCCAAAGGUGGUUGAAUUCUCUGAAGAAAAUGGGCAUGUGAGAGAAGAGAAGCCCAAAAUGGAGCUUUCACCACAACAUGAGGAUUUGGGAAAAGAAAAUUCAGAGGAGCAGAAUAAUUGCUUUGACAACCACACUGUUCCAAUGGUUGCUGCCAAAAGUGAGAAUGUGAAUGGAAAACCAAAAGAAGAUGAAAGCAAAAAAAAAGAAGACUCUGAACAAGUUGAGUUUAAGAUGUGGGAGAGCUACAAGAUCGAAAAGAAAGAGUUUUCACCAGAAAGAGAGCCAGAAAAGGAAUCCUGUGAGGAUGAAGUGGACUCCAAGGUAGAGGGUGGCGAGAGCUUGGAUCAGAUAAAUGGUUUAUCUUCAACAGAAAAUGUCGAUGAUGGUGGGAGCUCACCUUCAGAGCAGCAACAACAGAAGAAGAAGAAACCUUUGCUCCGCAAGUUCGGAAGUCUACUCAAGAAGAAGAGUACUAGCAACCAAAAGUAGGAGGAGUCCAGUUAUGGCCUGACUUAUGUCUCAAUUAACAGGCAAAACAAAAUUCUUUUGGGUUUCAACAAUGGCAGAGACAGUUCUAGAUGGUUUCAGCUUCCUUCUGAUAGAUUUUAUGGAAUUCAGAUACUCUCUUGAUAUCUGGUAUUGCAUCCAUUAUCCCAGCAACUAUGAGAUAAUCCAGGAACUUGUUCCAACUUCUGUGUGCAUAUAUCUAUAUACUGGAACUCCCUAAUCUGCUUGAAUCCUUGAGAGCUUUAGAUAGCUUAGUUCCCAAGCCAUGUGAACAUCCCAAUUUCCAGGAACAGAAUAUCUUAAUAAUUUGAUCCCAUAUGUGAAUAGCUACUGUGAUGAAUUACUGUUGUGGCACCUGCCAGCCAAAUUAUUCAAUGUCUCCUAGACAGGAACUUCAACGAAAUUACCUGAAUCUGUUUGAUUGCAUCAGGAAAGUGCUGCAAAUUGGGCCUUGGGAGUGUACUUGUCAGCAUUUAUCUAGUGUUUAGUGUCUUGCUAUGGAGUUAUUUUGUUUUGUAUGGUUGAUAUUUGAAGUUAAUUAAAAUAUCAUUCCAAAUAGUAAUAAAUUCACAGUUGUUUUGCUUA